AUGGAGACGGGAGGUUUUAGGGUUUUCGGCGACCAAGACACGGCUAUGAUGGAUUCCACGGCAAGAGGGCCGGCACCGGGGGAUCCUCCGGAUAGAGUGGAAUCAUGGGCGGCUAAGGCUUCGAGAGGGGGGGGAAGGCUUGUCCCCGAGGAGGUUUUGGAGCCGAGUUUUGUGUCGGCACGGAUGAAAGUUGAUUAUCCGAACGGUAUUAAUGGAGAGCCUGUGUUCACGAUUGCGGAGGAGGUAAUUGAGGCGAUGCAUGGACUAUGGAAGCAAUGUAUGGUUGUUAAAGUUUUAGGGAGGAAUGUACCAAUCCCAGUGUUGACUCGGAAGUUAAAAGAGCUAUGGAAACCACAAGGAGCUAUGUAUGUGACAGAUCUACCACGACAGUUCUUCAUGGUGAGAUUCGAAGUGGAGGAUGAGUAUUUGACGGCGUUGACAGGGGGCCCAUGGAAAGCGUUUGGGAGCUAUCUUAUGGUCCGAGCAUGGUCACCUGAGUUUGAACCGUCUAGGGAUGAUAUUGUCACGACUCCAGUGUGGGUGCGGUUUUCAAAUCUUCCGGUGGCGCUCUAUCAUCAGACUAUCUUGUUGGGGCUAGCACAAGCACUGGGGAAGCCGCUAAGGGUAGACACAAAUACGUUGAAUUUUGAAAGGGCUAGGUUUCCUAGGGUGUGUGUGGAAGUGGAUCUCAGCCAACCUCUAAAGGGCUCGUUCAUGCUGAAUGGAGAACGAUACUUUGUGUUCUAUGAAGGUCUAACGAGUAUCUGCUCGGGUUGUGGGAUAUUCGGGCAUAUGGUGCAUGCAUGUCCAAAGUUGAAAGGGGUUGCGGAGAAUGUAGGAGGGUCGUUAUCACCGGUGGGACCUAGUAGGGUGUCGCAAGGUCCACCGGAGGUGGAUGGUUUCACGAUGGUACGUCGGGGGAAUAGGAGAGGGGGUCCAUCCACAAGCACGGAGUCAUCUACUCCGGGAACUACGGGGAAAGUUUUGGAAAGAAAUCAGAAGGAAAGAUCGGGCAGUAAAGAAAAGGGUACAGUUUUGGUAUCUAACAGUUUUGCGGGAUUGGUGGAGGAGACAUCUCAGCCGCAAGUUAUGGAAGUCUUUGGUGGUGAAGGGGGGAAUAAGGAAAAUGAGAUGAUUGGUAUCUCACAAAAUAAUGGAAAGAAUAUUUUCAAGGCUAAGGAAGGGCAAUUUGAGAGGGGAACCGGAAUAGGGAAGAAGGGCGCCAAAGGGGUUUUAAAAGAAAGAUCAGUUGGUCCAAUCAGGCCUGGUGUUGGUAGUGGAUCGCGAUCAAAAUUUAAUAACCGGCCCACCAGAGGAUAUUUAUUUGGCCCAACAAGUACGGAGGUUGAAUUGUCGACGUCGGGUAAACGACUUAGAAUGGAGGGAAAUGGCUUCGACCAGACAGUGGGAUCGCCGAAUCCAGUCACUAUGGGGGUAACGAAAGAGAGCGAUGUGACAGCAUUAUCUCUUUCCGGUGAUCCGGUAUCGGAUAUUAGUCAUGUCGAGAGGGCGCAGCGCACAGUCUCCGUUGAGGAAGGACUGGAGUUGGUAGCGGCAUAA